CGGCCAACAUGGCGGCGGGAGGGGGAGCGCCUGGGGAACCAAGAUGGCGGCGCCAACCGUCAUUUGUGCUUCGAAUGUGAAACGGGGAACAAACGGCGCGAUGUAGAAGCAGGCAGGGAGGACGCUCUGCGCCCGGCUUCACAGCUUAGCGAGCCAGGUGGCUUCAAGUACUGCAGGUGGAAUCCACUGUUAACUCGCACACCAGGCACUCCGCCAGCGGCAAGGUAAAAAGUAUAGAUUAUUUAUGGAGGACACUUGAGAACAAGUCAAAGGACGGAGCUGCUUUUUUAAGCUCACUAGUCUUGCACGAUUAGGACGCCAAGACACUUAAAACACGAAGAGAGAGGUGCACUAAGCUAGAUUUAGGCAGCAAAAACUGAAGCUCGCCCUAGGGCAGCUUUCUCUUCCUUCCUCCCAAGUCUGUCCUAAGGACUGGUAACUUGCUUCGUGACAUGGCCAGUCAAACCUGCAGGCAGACGUGCCUUCUUUCGCCGUCUUUGGAGUGACACCAGCCGUGGAAAUACCCAGUAUCUACAUAGAAAUGUUAUAUUCUUAGAAGUUAGCAUGCAAAUUUCAACUAAUACACCCAUUCCGAGCUGACAAAAUUAAUACAAAAGUAAUAUUUGAAGAUAGGAGUUCUCAUUUGUGUGGUUGUGCCAGUGUAGUUGUACUUCUGACUCCUGCUAGUUCUUAAUUUAUCAAACACUGAAAUGUUUUUAACUACAAGAAUGGCACAUUUUUUGUAAUUUCUUUUCCAUUACCCAUCAUAGAACUCCUACAUAAAUAUCCAACCUAUUGAAACACGUUGCAAGUGUACCAUUAACUUCUUGGAGAUGCAAAUCUCAAGAAUUAAGUUUAUAUAGAAAUACCAGAUUGAGGUGCCCUGGCACCAAAGAACCUGCCAUUGCAAUACUGUCUAGCAUUUCCAUGAAUUUUAGCAAUCCCAGAAAAUAAGCACUAAUUCAAUUUCAGAAGAGAAAGACUUAAUUAGAAUUUGCUUAUAUUGCUUAAGAUUCAUCUAAAACAGAGUUUUAACAUUUGAGCAGAAGUUAAAACAUCAGUGCAGUGGCAAUGAAGCCUUUAAUGUACCUAAAACAUUUUUAUUGUUACAGUUGAUACUAGAGCUGUUGGCUUCUCUGUUUUUAAGCAACAGGGCCACAAACUAUUAAAUUUUCAUCUAAUACACAGAGGGCAAGAAUGUAGUUACAUGUAAUUGGAUGGUCGUGUUUUUUGAAAGGUAAAACAGUGUUGUAGUAUUGUGUCUCAGUGCCCUCUGAAGUCCUCCUCAUGUUCAAAAGAUUAAUUCAUUAGGACAGCUAGGACAAUUUUAAGUAGAUAGUAAAACUUGUUUUGAGGAUUUUCAUUCCUUUGCAGGUGUAAGAAAGUGUUGAUGCUUAAAAAUGGGAUUAUUAAAAACACUAUUGGUUGUCUUGCUCCUUCUAUUUCAGUAUCACAAAUCCCUGCCCCUAACACCCUGCCUUUAAGGUCUGUCCCACUUCUGUCCCCACACCCUCAUCCCUUCCCACCUAGUCUAGUAGCUACCAUGAAUACUCCUGCAACUGGCAUAAAGACUUCUGGAACAGACUGUACCAGAUUGCAUGUGGCUGGACUGGAAACAGACUGAGAUGGAACAAAGACAGAACUUCCUACCUGCAUGUUAAGAGUUCAAUAUUUGCCUCUCACUACAUUGCAUGAAUGCAUUUUGUUAUCUCCAGGCUUCAAAGGAUAAAAUAAUUCCCAGUUUACCACUGCAGAUGUCCCUCUAUUUCAACGUUUAUUUUUCCCCGUUUUGGUGGCUCUGCACAGUCAUCAUGCUUUAUCUGAAGUAUCCCAUCUUGUCAGAUGGCUACAAGUUCAUCCUGGUCACAGUCAUGAUUCUGGCCUCUCUAAUAGAAGUCAUUCGACUCUACCUGGGAUACAUGGGCAAUCUGCAGGUGAAGAUCCCUGAGCUGGCUGCAUUUUGGCUCCUGACUCUCCUCCUGCAGUUGCCCAUGAUUAGCUUUUUGCUAUUUAAUGAAGGUCUGAACAUUCAGCCACUGGAACGAGUGGUCAAUAUCAUCUUCGCCCUCUUCCUCACCUCUCAAGCCAUUACAGCAUUUUUCACCCUGAAAAGAAUGGUAAACAAACUGGCAACUCGCUUCCACCUUAAUGCAUUUGACCAGCUGGACGAGCAUCCUGUGCCUGGUUUUUACAGCCUGGGUGAAGAAGGAAGAGCAGCUUCCAUGGCCAGGAGGGGCCCAUGCUGAGGAGGGUCACCCAACAAGUACUGGCUGGGGAUCAUACACUGAGGGCCUGAGAAGCUAACAGAGGGGAUCUUUUGUUGCUACAAUUCUGUUUGUGUUUUGUUGGGUUGCUCUUUACCUUCCUACGUCAGAGAUAUUAACAAAAUAGAUCCUGCUUAAGAAUGAACAUUAAGCCUCAGGGACCAGAGUUCCACUCUGCAGGAAAAAUCAAAGCCAGUUACAUAACUGGCUGGAGUGGACUAUUUGUGGACUGUUACUGCAUACAGUAUUGACAGAGUGAGUUUGAUGGGUUUUACAUUUUGUAAAGUCAUGUGGUGUUUUUAAUGGAAGUCUUCCCCCCACACACUGUUUGCACAGAAUUAUUUUGUUUACAAUAAAUUUUAUAUACAUUGUA